GUGGAAAUUUUUAGCAAUUUUGUGCGAAAUGUUCUUCUAUUUUACACGGUAUCUCACACAAAAAUGCCAUAACAAACUUGAAAGUGGGUUAGGAUAACUGAUCAUUACAUACAAAAACUGUAAACAUCUGCUGUAGGCCAAAGUUAGCGCUGUUCUGGGUGAACCGGCCUUGGAGACGAUGUAAACAAAAUUUCUCGAAAAGUUUCUCUUCUGAAGCACUGGCAAUCAAUGUACAGCGGUUGUGGGUGAAUCAUACAUCAAUGCAUCAGUGAUUUUGUAGCGCCUGUACAUGUACCUUUGGAGUGUAAAUCGCUAGGCCUUUUACAGCUAAGGCUAAGCCUUUCCCCAAAAAUAAAGUCGAGUUUGGGUCAAAACUGACAAAAGUUUUGAAUAGUACUAGUAGCCUAGGCCUAAAUUAUUAAAACCGAUCAUGUCAACGUCCAGUCGUGCCAGUUCAACCAUUUCCAAGAAAGAAGCAAAGAACAUUGUUGUAAAUGCUGACUUGCCUGACGGACCGGUUGCAAGGGAUCUCAAACUAGCGUCUGCUCCGAAGACUCUCAGACAGUCUCUGAUUCGAGGAAAUAAAGAUAGUGAGGAGUCUAGAAGUUCAGCUGCUAUUGAAAUCCAGCGACAAUAUAGAGGUUAUAAUACAAGGUGUAAAGUUCUCGGUGUAGUUGAGCCAAAGAUCAGCAAAACUGCCGUCUAUAGUGGUAGUAACCAUGUGGCAAAUCGUCUAUCUGACGUUAGGUCACCAUCACCAGUUCAAGUUGAAAGCAGUACUAAGAUCAAUGAUGAAAUAUUAAAGGAAGUGUCUGAAGAUGAUACACUCGAAGCCUUGUAUGCCGAAUAUGUCAGGAGAUUACGACUAGCUGGAGUCACUGAUAUACCCAGCUUUGAAGAGUUCUGUCGGGAUCAAAAUCUCAUGCAGACGGCCAGAGAGGAGAAAGGCGUGACCCAAUCAAGUCGAGAGACGGUAAAAAGCGAUAAAAAGACGCCAGCCACGUCCAGUCGGAUCAUGAAACCGGGUAAAAUUGGAAAAUACACAGCAGAUGAGGCGGCGUCGAUGAUCCAACGAUCCUGGAGAAGACAUAUUGACAUCCAAGUGUAUAAGUAUUACCGAGAUCUCAUCAAUUUCAAGCAGAGAGGCGACCCUGCCCUCAUGCUGCGGUGUAUCAACCCGAAUGAGGCGCGGCUGUUAGAUGCUGCGUCAGGCAUCCACGUCAAGUUUAGAUUAGCUGGAGAUAAAUUCCCGCCCAACAUCUAUUAUAAGAUCUACACUCAUCGAAACGUGGUUGACAUGUGCGCUAACAGUCCCAAGGACUAUACAAAGGCUGACUCGAAAAGAAAGAUGGGAAGAGAUGUACAUAAUAAGGGAGACAGGGCAUCUCAUAUCAAAGCUAAAGUGGGAUGGUACCAACGAUGGGAGAACAAUGGUUGGCGUCUGGUGUCUGAUCGUCUGCUCACCCACAUCCUGGCAGAUCCCGUCACGUGGGAAACGUCGCAGAAAAAAAUCGAAUUCCAUCAUAAUAAGUUACAACGUAAACAAGACGUGGAAAAACAGCGAAAACAGAAAAAGAUCAACUGGAUGCAAAAAAUGUACAAAGAAGGGAUGAUGAAAGCCAAAGUUGAGGAUACGGAGACGAUCCAGUUAAUAGAGGGUGCUGCCGCAGGGAUGGUUGCAACUAUCGAAAUGGAAGGACCAGAGGCUGUUCAGGAAUGGGAGGUUGAUGAGUUGUUGGAAUGGACAACAAGUCUCAAUUAUGAUGACUACCUGGAUGGAUGGAAGGAGAUAGCAACGAGUUCCAAGUCAGAGAAAAUCACAGCUGAUCGUAAGUACCAAGGAAGACUCUACACCGCCUCAAGUGACCAAUCUUAUUAUCAGCCUGAUUAUAGACCAAUGUAUCAACCAGGAGAUCCGGAUGGCCGAGCCCAUGUUUACAGUGGGCAGUACGAGGACCCGUUCAUGCUGACGAUAAGCGGCUCUCCAUCUCGGAACCAGGAUAUACCCACAAGACCGUCCCAUAAUACACCUGUCUCUAGUUUGUCCGGGAGUCAUUUCCGAUAGGAAGAAAAGAUGCUGUCUAUUUCUAUCAUGAAGUUGGAUAGUGUCUUGGAUCUUAUAAGACACUGUUAGUGGUAGUAUAUCACCUGUGCCCGCUAUGAGUGAAGUGUAUCAGACUUAAUUGCUGUUAUUGACACAUUCCGUGAUAUCUUUGAAAACUGUGAUCUAUCUUAUAUAAUUCCAUCCAUAAAAUAAGACUUAGACCAUCCGUCCUUGUGAAUAUCAAUAGUUAGUUUUGAUACUAAAUGAAAUGAAUUCUCAACAUUGUACAUUUGCUGUAUAUAGCUACAUGUGAAUAUGACUUGAUAGUCUUGUGCCUUGUAAAGAAACUUUUGUGAUUAUGAUAUUUAUUUUUGAAUAAAAGGAUUUCGAAUA